AUUCCUCGCGGCGCUGCGUUGCGUCGGCGCUGUGUGUGCCGGAAGAUGGCGGCGGGGCGCUGAGGGGCGGCCGGGGCCCUGAGAGGAGGAAGAAGAGGAGGCACCGCCGCCUCCGGGCCGCCUCAUGGCCUCGGAGCCGCCUCGGGAGCCGCGUCCCAUCCGAGCAGCGCCGCCGCGGGGCCUCUCCGAGGGCCGCUGAGAGCCCCGCCCGGGCCUGCAGCGCUCCGUGCCCGGCUGUGGCUGCGGGGGGAGGCCGGGCCGGGGCCGAGCAGCGCGGGGUGCUGAGCGCCUCCCCAAGUCCCCGCGAUGUCCGAAGCGCAGCCCCAAGGCCAGCACCCCCCGGCCAACCACACCGGGGCCGCGGGGGGCACUAACCGGGCCGGGAGGAACGCUGCCCUCAAUCAGAACCCUCUGAUCAAUGUUCGCGACCGCCUCUUCCACGCGCUUUUCUUCAAGAUGGCUGUGACCUACGCGCGGCUCUUCCCUCCUUCCUUCAGGCGGGUCUUCGAGUUCUUCGUGCUGCUCAAGGCUCUCUUUGUGCUCUUCAUCCUGGCAUACAUUCACAUCGCCUUCUCCCGCUCGCCCAUAAACUGUUUGGAGCACGUGAGGGACAAAUGGCCGCGUGAUGGCAUCCUGAGGGUGGAAAUCCAGCGCAACUCCAGCCGGGCCCCCAUCUUCCUUCAGUUCUGUGGCGCUGAGAAGUGUCCAGGAAUGGUCGUUGAGGCCACGGCUGAGGAAGAGGAGGAGGAAGAAGAGGAAAUGACUGUGGAUAUGUUUGAAAACAGCUCUAUCAAGUUUGAGCUGGAUAUAGAGCCCAAGGUGUUCCUCAAGCCGUCCCGGAUGAGCAGCAGUGAGGUGCUGGCCCACAACGAAAGCCAGGAGUUCUCAUUUAGUGAAGCAGCCACUAAAGGUAUGCAGCCUCUGCGGGAGACUGUGUCCGAGUUUGAGAUGCUAACCAGAGCAGUGUGGCCACAGGAGGAGUACAUUGUGGAGUAUUCCUUGGAGUACGGCUUCCUGCGCCUGUCCCAGAGCACGCGGCAGCGCCUCAGCAUCCCUGUGAUGGUGGUGACUUUGGAUCCUACCAGGGAUCAGUGCUUUGGGGACAGGUUCAGUCGUCUGUUGCUGGAUGAGUUCCUGGGUUAUGAUGACAUCCUGAUGUCGAGUGUCAAAGCCUUAGCUGAAAACGAAGAGAACAAAGGUUUCCUUCGCAACGUGGUGUCUGGGGAGCACUAUCGCUUUGUCAGCAUGUGGAUGGCUAGAACUUCCUACCUGGCAGCCUUUGUCAUCAUGGUCAUAUUUACUCUGUCCGUUUCCAUGCUCUUACGCUACUCGCACCAUCAGAUCUUUGUCUUCAUUGUUGACCUGUUACAGAUGCUGGAAAUGAACAUGACGAUUGCAUUCCCUGCAGCUCCCCUGCUCACUGUCAUUCUGGCUCUAGUAGGCAUGGAGGCCAUCAUGUCAGAGUUCUUCAAUGACACCACGACUGCAUUUUACAUCAUCCUCAUUGUGUGGCUGGCUGACCAGUAUGAUGCCAUCUGUUGCCACACCAAUACCAGUAAGAGGCAUUGGCUCAGGUUCUUUUAUCUGUACCACUUUGCCUUCUAUGCCUACCACUAUCGGUUCAACGGGCAGUACAGCAGCCUGGCCCUGGUCACCUCGUGGCUGUUCAUCCAGCAUUCAAUGAUUUACUUCUUCCACCACUACGAGCUGCCAGCCAUUCUCCGGCAGAUCAGAAUCCAGGAGAUGCUGCUGCAGAACCAGCAGGUGGGUCAGGGCACUCAAACAACUCUCCAAGACAACCUCAACAACAACACUACCCCAGCUGGGGCGGAGAUGGGGGGUCACCAGCCCCACCUGCCUGCUGGCCCCUCUGGAGAGAGCAGCAGCCCAGCAGCUCUGGCCCCCAGCGAGGCCUCCAGCGUCGUCACCGCGGCCGCAGCCUCUUCUGUUGGGAGCGACCUGAAUUGGGUUGCUGAGACAGCAGCCAUCGUUACAGAGGCUUCAUUUCUUUCUGACCUGAGCUCUUCUCUCCUGGAGCCGAAUGUGGUGCACGAAGCCGUGGCUGCUGGGAGCCCUCAGGAUGCUGCUGCUGCCUCCGGUUUGGUCGCACGCAUCAGGGUGAGCAGCGACCACCCGGACGCUGCCGUGGGCUCCAUCACCAUCGAGGUCACUUCAGCCUCUGUGGUCGCUGCUGCGGAUGGUUCCCCUGCCACAGAGGCAGUUCCUGCCCCCGUCCCUGUGCAGGAGGAUGGGAGCUCCAACCCCAGCCCUUCCCCUGCCGAGCAGACUGAGGCUGCGGAGAGCUCGGACAGCCAAGCCAAACCCAGUGGCAAGAACUGCAUUGCAAAUGGCAGCGUGGCAGAGUCCCCUCCGGCCUUUGUGGAGAAAACUGAUCAGGACAAACUCUUGGGCUGUGCUCUUGGGGACCGGGGGGAGAACGGCCCUUGCCCAGCCCCAGCAGGUAGUACAGCUGGCUCCAGGCCUUGCUCGGAGCCAGACUUGAGGAGCCUGUCUUGAGUCCUUGUUUCUGUCACACCGGACUGCCAGGAAGGCGUUUGGAUUUCGUUUGUUACUAUUUCUCACUUCACCAUCAUCCUUAACCCAUGAAUUCCUCUUAACGGAGGCAGAGCAGCUGGGACAGAGAAAAGAUGCUGCAGUGAACUCCCCAGAGAGAUGCACACGUGUGCAUUGCUCAGUGCCAGAUUCUCCCUGCAAGGAGGAGGGAGCAAGGGCACACGAUGGCUCCCUCUGCCUGCAAGGCACCUGGGGAGCCCUGUGCCACUGCAGAGCUGUGGGUGAGCAGGCUGGCCGUGUUCUCAGUGCGCUGUCACAGCUCUUCUUUGCCCCCCUGAGGUUGUGUUGGCAGUCUGGGUGUUGCUUGCAAACAUGAGCUGAUUUGUGACAAACCACGUGUGUGCACGGCGACUCUGGUUAGAAUAGCAGCUGUGUGUGAGCAGGGAGAGCAACCAAGGAGAAACGAGUCACCUCCCUUUUUCUAGGGGAAAAGAAGCUCAGUGCCUCCCUUCAACACUGGAGCUGCUCACACCAGAGCAAAGCUGGGUAAUAACCAAAGCAGAAACUGCAUUUUAGCCCCAUUUCUUUUCUUUCUUUGGUUUUUUUUUUUUUCUCCUGACAUUAAACUGUCUUUAGUCAGUGGGUUUAUAGGGGGAAAAGUGUCCAGGUCCAGCUUAGAGCAUCCACCCAAGGAAGGACGCAUUUGUCUGUGGUUGGAAGCAGUAAAGGCUUUAUCCAGCCCUGGAGGAAUGCUGUCCCCUUUGCUGCUGGUGACUCUGCAGGACCCUGGUGAGUUUGGCCUCUCUUCAAUGUGUCAAGUGA